AUGAUGAGCGAGAUGGACGCAGCGCCGACGUCACGCUUGCGUCGGCGCAGCUUCUUCGAGGGCAUGGAGAGCGAAAUCUCGGCCACCGAGAGCGUUACGCUCAACGAGAGCGACUUGGCGUCCGCAGCAUCGGCGUCCUCUUUGCUUGGCGACAGCGAGAGCUACGGCGUAGCAAAUGCGCCAUCGAAACCAGGCAAAGUGGCUCCAUCCAAACAAAACGGCCCCAAGACGUCGGUGGAAGACCAAGAGCUACUGCAGCUAUCUAAUAACGCAGGUCGAGGUGAACGAGGACUUAAGCUGCUGCAAGAUCUAUGGAGACAACUUAUGACAUGGCUACAGUUGCUGUAUGUUCCAUGGGCUGCCCGAUUCCCAGUCGCAGCAUCUAAAGUGGGUGAAUGGAGACAAAAGACCGCAUGGAUCUUAAAAGGUCCCAAAGAUUGGGUCAAAAUGUGGAAGGGAGACCCCAAUGCCCCAGUUAAAUACUGGGUUUAUCCCACCCACUGGCUCACUUACGCCUCCAUCAGCCUCGUGCUGCUUCAGAUCCUUAUUUACUGCAAGUUCCAGACUGUUUCAUUUGAUCUACGCGUCCACGAGUGUGUAUUCAGAGAGAGACUGCUAGCUUCAGCUGAUCUGAUGCAGCGUAGUGCAGUGCCCAGUACCCACAUGCAGCCUCGCGCAGCAGCAUUGAGGUUCCUGGAACGUCGCUUCGAGCAACAAUACAGUCCAGGAGCACGGCAACCUGGCCAGGCCAGACUGCCGUGGACAUGUCUAGCUGUCAUUCCUACGGGAAGUGACAGAGCUAUGGCUCAAGCAACCGAGUUGGCAUUCUUGUGGCCUCGAAGUCAAGUUGUGGCUGCAAACGCUCACUCUAAGAUCGCAAGUAGGGUUCACGUCGCUGUGGGCGCCAGUCCACUCGAUAGAGCAGCAGAGACACAAGUUGGGGUGUUUGCAGCCAUGUUCCCAUUAAGUGCGAUGCGUCCAGUUUUAUUUGCUUCUAGAUUUCCAGAUUUAGUACUGGUCAAAUCAGAGUUUGCACUAAAGCAAAUGCUGAAAUUCCGUCAAGAACGACAGGAAGAACGCGACCAUCGAGGACGAGCAGGCGUGGGACGGACUUCGCCUGUUGAUCUGGGCACCGCGGACCUCGCCGCGAGUCAUUUCGGCGUUUAUUUGCUGAAAACGACCGUGCCGGAUGUGUAUAAUCGACAUAUCCGGAAGAAAUGGGACGAAUUUCUGCAUGUUGUAGCGGUGGAUGACGCGGACAAGAAGCAGCAGCUCACUGAAGAACUACUGACUGCUUGGGUGGCUCAUCCUGCGUGGCCUAUGCUCCAUGUUCGCUUCGAGCGGUCUUUAGUGUUAUGUGGGUCAUUUCAGCGUAUUUUAAGCAGUAUGGUCAAGGACUAUGAGGCUGAUGCUGAAGCUGCAGAGGCAGCCGAAGCGGCAGACCCGAACCGGGCUGCGGAGGAGUGGCUGGAAGGCCUGGAUAGCCCAAAGAAACCAGCCAAGAGACCAACUAAACGCCAACUUAACGUGGACUUGGUGUGCGAAGAAGACGCCAAUUCACCUCAGGAGAUUGUCAGGCUGAAAAACAGCAUUGGGAUGCACCUGUUCCCCGUUCCUCCGGAGCUGGAAAAAUAUGAAGAAACGGUGCUUGAGAGCUUAGCCGUCGGUGCUGUUACAGUGACAUACAACACGCCGAUCAUGCAGGAAUGGGUGCCUGAUAGCUGCGGACUACGCCUGCCGUCGGUGCACGUAACCUCCAGUGAGAUUGAAGAGACGAUUGAGCAAUUGUUGACGCUGGACCGAGUCAGUCGAGUGGCGGCAGGGCGAGCAGCUCGGGUGCACUAUCUGCGGAUGCGCACACACUAUUUGUCAGCCAUAGCAGCACUGGAUGCCGCCGUGUGUGAAGGAGAUAGUGAUGAUCUGGGCGAAACACAGAGCGAAAUCGGACAGCAUAGACGCAGGAAAGUCGAAGUCGAAACCUUGCGAGCAUUCCUGUACUAA